AUGACCCCCACUCACUUUGCUUUUUCAUCAGCCUUCACUCUGGGCCUUGCAGGCCUCGCAUUCCAUCGAACACACCUGCUUUCCGCCCUACUAUGUCUAGAAGGAAUAAUACUAUCACUCUUUAUUGCCCUCUCCUUAUGAACACUUCACCUAGACUCCACAAACUUCUCAGCCUCUCCUAUGAUUCUACUAGCCUUUUCAGCAUGUGAAGCCAGCGCAGGGCUGGCUCUUCUAGUCGCCACCGCGCGCACGCACGGUACCGACCGCCUUCAAAACCUUAACCUUCUACAAUGCUAA